AAUUGCUAUGCACCCUACCAAACUCGUCUCACUAACCCAGCGAUCCAUUUUCACGAUAUUAAGUAUACUAAUCCUGUUAACCCGAAGCUAAAAAAUUUACAAUUACAAUUGUUUGGGAGGUGAACUGUAGGGAACAGUAGUGGAUGGUGCGAAGGAGCUGAUGCCGUGGAUCGAUUACUCUAGCAGAGAAAUAUGAUGCAGUGUAUAUUUCUUCUCUCCGAUACCGGGUGGACAGAUCUAUAUGUGUUUGGUUCUGGGAACAAGCUUUUCCUGCGAGAGAUUCUUAUAAGGAUUGAUACCUGAAAUGUAUGAUGAUGCUAUAUGAUUUUGAGCCAUGCAGUUUGCAGUUGCAGAACGAUGCAAAUAUUGAAGGUGCCUUCUGUAAUUGCUUCGCCAGCACAUUACCUUUUGCAUAUUGUACGUGAAGGAAUAACAUUUUUGGCUUGUACACAGUAUGAAAUGUCUCCUCUACUUGGUAUUGAGUUUCUUUGCAGGGUGGCAAAUGUGCUUUCAGAUUACCUUGGAGGCUUGAAUGAAGAUCUAAUCAAAGAUAAUUUUGUUAUUGUGUAUCAGCUUUUGGAUGAGAUGAUGGAUAGUGGAUUUCCUUUAACUACAGAACCUAAUAUCUUGAAGGAGAUGAUUACACCACCAAAUAUAGUUAGUAGAAUGUUGAGCGUUGUUACUGGAGGUUCUUCCACUGUCAACAAUAUUCUUCCAGGUGCUACAUCAUCAAAUGUACCAUGGCGAGCAAGUGACUUAAAACAUGUAAACAAUGAAGUUUAUGUGGACCUUGUAGAGGAAAUCGAUGCUACUGUAAACAGGGAUGGAUUUCUUGUCAAAUGUGAAGUCUAUGGUGAAGUGCAUGUGAAUUCUAGACUCUCAGGUGUACCAGAGUUGACUCUUUCAUUUUCCAACCCUUCUAUUCUUAAUGACAUAAGAUUUCACCCAUGUGUGCGUUUUCGCCCAUGGGAAGCUCACCAAGUGCUAUCCUUUGUGCCACCGGAUGGGGCAUUCAAACUCAUGAGCUACAGGGUAAAGAAGUUGAAGAACACUCCAAUAUAUGUAAGGCCACAACUAAGUUCAGAUGCUGGAGUUUGUCAAGUUAAUAUACUAGUUGGCAUGCGCAAUGAUCCUGGAAAGCCAAUUGAUUCAAUAGCUUUAAAAUUUACCUUUCCACAAUCUGUUGUCUCAUCUGAUUUGACUGCAAACCAUGGGAGCGUGGAUGUCCUCACCCACAAGGCUUGCACGUGGUCAAUAGGUCGAAUUCCUAAAGACAAAGCCCCUUGCUUAACAGGGACUCUUACAUUGGAAAGUGGACAGGACUGUUUGCGUGAAUUUCCCACUAUCCUUGUUGGCUUCAAGAUCAUGGGAGUUGCCAUGUCUGGCCUGAAAAUAGAUAAAUUAGAUCUCCAGAAUUUGGGGUAUCGCCCAUAUAAAGGAUUCCGUGCUCUGACGCAAGCUGCAUGCUAUGAAAUCAGGAUCUGAAAGAAGAUGCACUGCUUUUGAUUUGAUUUGGCAAUGUAAGAAGGUUUUUCUUGCUGCAGUGGACAAUGUUAGCAAUUUAAAUUUUGAAUACCGUUCUUUAGUCUAAGUGAUAUUGUGAGAGCUGCAGGUAUCGGCAGCAUAUAUAAUUUGUUUCCCCUCUUGGCCUGGUUUUGUGGGAAGAUGGCUUGGAGUCGCAUAAGGAAUUAUUUUCAUAAGAAAGAAAUAUUAUAUUCAGACAUGGUGGAAAAUGCUACGAAUAUCUCUCAACUAGUUGAAAAUGCAUGAUUAAUGAUUAUCUUU